CAAACAUUUCACCAACACUAAACUCCUGCAAACCCCGAUACAAGAAUCGCAAAAGAAAAAAAAUGUCUGGCUGUGUAAUUUGCAAAAACCCUCUCGAGGUAGAAAUCGAGCGUGACGAAGACGAAGAGUACGAAGGCGGCGCAUCUUCGUCAGGCAAAGCACCUGCGCCCGCCCCAGAAACGGUCCCUGAUGAUGUCCAAUUGUCCUGCGGAUGCCACUUCCACUGGGACUGCCUUCUCUCAGCCUACGAAAUAACUUCCUGUCCCAACUGCUCAAAAGAAAUCUCCGUCACUGAAGACAACACGCAAAAGGUCCUCUGCAGACUCAACAACGAAGGCGGAGUCCAAGAAAACCUCGACAUCCUACCUUUACUUGUAGAAGAGUCCUACCUCAAAGCCUACCCCGAAGAUCGCAAGGCCCGCGCAUUCCUCGAGUUCUGUCGCGCAGGUGACUACAAGGCUAUCAUUGAGCUGCUGCUGGACGAUAGUUCGGACGACGACGAUGAGGACGAGCAAGGGGAUGUGGAGAUGAGCACUACAGAUGAUCCUGAAAAGGAAACAGGCAUCGACCGGGUACUGAGGUAUCAGGACCCAAUUGGCGAUAUGCAGUCUGGUCUCCAUGCGGCGGUACAUGCACAGAGUAGAGAGGUAGCUUGGUUGCUUCUCCUCCUCGCAAGUAACUAUCCCUUGCUAGAAUUUCCACCAGAGGUCUUCCAGGAAGCAGAGGCUAUGGGUAUCAUGCGGGGUUUGACGGAGGACAAGGUGGACAUCAGGAGCCUUAAGGAUAUACAGGGUCGGACUGCGGAAGAUAUUGCGAAAGAAAUUGGUGGAGUGUGGCAUGGGUGGACUGGAAACAACCGUUUGGCCAUUUGAGUCAUGGCAUGUAGAGUGUAUGUUGGACUGAUUGCCACUGAUCUUAAUGUUCAACAAAAAGGGUUCUUGGAAUGAUAGAAGGAGACGAACCAGGACCAUGUAGCUAUAUACCACUUAGAAUUAUAUGUAUGACAUACAGGUGCUCAUGCCCAUGUCGAUACCUUGCUGCU